AUGGAUUACAAUAAGAUCGUGUCGAACCCGCAGGCCACCCGCUACGUGGUCAACUUUAUACACCGAACAGGUCUCCUCCAGCAGUUUCAACACAUUAGGAUCGAGGAGGAUGACAACGACGAACCGAGAGGCCUCGCGGCAAUGGAUCUAGGUAUGGAAGACGAUGGGUAUUAG